GCGUGGCCUUAUAUCUAAAUUAAAAUUUAAAAAAAAGGUAUCUUUGAGUUUCACUGAGAACAGUCAUUUGGAGAAGUGAAAAGACAGACAAAGAAAAAAGAUUUGAAUACCUACAGACUUUGUGGGAAGGCAGAUACAUGAAAAUUAAAUGCUACUCAAUAAAGGUUGGUUACAUAGAUUCCUCUGGAGUCAUUUCCUGGCACAUGAGAGUCUGAUGUGGUUGGCCUCUGCUGGCCCUGGUAGAUCCAGGAGGAGAGAACUCUUUUAUCUUUGAAAUCUAAGUCCUGCUGUCAGGCAAAUAGAGGGAGGGCUGAGCACCUAUCUGCAUCUGUAUUCUAAUUAUCUUCAACUCAAAAAUUCUUCAAAUUUUGGAGUAGCAUAUUGCCCACAGGUAUAACUGUAGAUCACAUAUGUCCUCUGCUUCAUAUUUAUAAUAGAAUUGGCAGUUACUAAAAAUUGAGCAGGAUUCUUGCUGUUGAGAGUAUGGUUUUAUAUUUCCUAGAAUGAGUAAAAUAUUUUUUCUGUAUCAUCUUACUAAGUUUUACUUGUGGGGUAAUUUUUUUUCACUCCUAUUCUGAUAGUAAAUCAUCUAUUUUUCAACAAUAACACGCAUAUUGGGUCUCAUUAGAUCUUUAAAGCAUUGGGGACAACACUGUGGCAUGUGAGUAAAGCCACUGCCCUUGAUACCGGGAUCCUUUGUGGGUGUUGGUUUGUGUCUGUCCUGUUUCAUGUCCAAUCCAGCUUCCUACUGGUGGCCUGGGAAAAGCAGCAGAAAAUGUCCCAACUACUUGGACCCCUACCACCAUGUGGGAGACCCAGAUGAAGAUCCUGGUUUCAACCUGGCUCAACCUUGGCCUUUGCAGUCAUUUGGGAAGUUAACCAGUAGAUGGAAGAGCUCUGUCUCUCUGUCUCUUCCCAUCUUUCUGCAACCCUAUGAAAUACAUAAAUAAAUCUUAAAAAAAACUUUUACAGAAUUAUCAGGAGAAAAGUCCAUGAGUAUUUACCUCAUUGGAGAGAAAAGGGUACUGAGCCUCUGAUCAUUUAAAUUAAUGAUUCAGGAGAAAGGAUCCCAGACCUUACAGCACACUUCUUGACUUGCAGCAUGAUGCUCUCAUUGCUCUGUCUUUCUGUGUCUUUGUCAAGAAAAAUAGUUGUUUGUGGAUGCCUCUGUGUGUCACUGGCCUUUAUUUAAUCUACUUCACAAGUUUUAUAUAGAUAGAAUGAAAAUAGUGCUUUCCCAUGGUUUGUAAAGAAUAACCCCUUAACCUGUUUCUCUCUUUGUCUUCACCUUCAGGUGUAAGUUAUGCACAGUGCUCAGCUGACAGUACUCUUUAUAUACUGCAUUUAGAAUUUACUGCCUUUAACUACAGCCUUCGUAGUUAAACCUUCUAUCCAGAACUAUUUAGAGUGAGAAUAGAGACAGUCACACAAUGUAUUGUCCAGACAUCUGCACAUGGAGGAAAGAUUUUGAAAGUAGCAACAAAAUAAUUAAUUUCAAAAUAUAUGUUUCAUCUUUCCUUGAAAAUCCGCAUGACCAGAGAUGCUGUCCUCGAGUGAAAGCCUUGUUCCUACAGAGAUCAGGAGUCCUUAUUCAUUCCUACAGAUGUGAGCCAUCCACUCUGCUAAGCAGUAAAAUAACUGCCAAGGGAAAUGGACUAAGUCUUCAGACUCAGUAGCUAGCAACUCUAAAGCCAGCAUCACAAGACAAGUUCCUCAAAGUUUCAAUCUCCUGAAUCAGUUGCAGAGAAUAAGCACAUAUAAAUUGCCGGACAUUUGGGAAUUAAAAAGACGACAUUCUUUGUGGUGCCAUAGCACAUGGAUUUCAGAACCGCCUGUGAGGAGACAAAGACAGGGAUUUGUUUGCUGCAGGAUGGUAAUCAAGAGCCUUUCAAAGUCCGGCUGCACCUAGCCAAAGAUAUUUUGAUGAUCCAGGAGCAGGAUGUGAUAUGUGUGUCUGGUGAGCCUUUCUAUUCCGGUGAAAGAACAGUGACCAUCAGAAGACAAGCAGUGGGAGGAUUUGGAUUAAGCAUCAAGGGAGGAGCAGAGCAUAACAUUCCAGUUGUCAUUUCAAAAAUUUCCAAGGAGCAAAGAGCGGAACUCUCAGGACUACUCUUUAUUGGUGAUGCAAUUCUUCAGAUAAAUGGAAUUAAUGUGAGAAAAUGCAGACAUGAAGAAGUGGUUCAGGUUCUGCGGAAUGCGGGAGAAGAAGUGACCCUAACAGUGUCAUUUUUAAAAAGAGCACCUGCUUUCCUCAAACUCCCAUUGAAUGAAGAUUGUGCAUGUGCUCCAAGUGACCAGAGCAGUGGCACCUCCUCUCCUCUGUGUGACAGUGGCUUGCACCUCAACUACCACCCCAACAAUACAGACACCUUGUCGUGUUCCUCGUGGCCUACAUCUCCAGGCUCCAGAUGGGAGAAGCGGUGGUGCGACCUCAGGCUGAUUCCUCUGCUUCACUCACGCUUCUCUCAGUACGUGCCCGGGACAGACGUGAGUCGGCAGAAUGCCUUUCAAGUCAUUGCAGUGGACGGAGUCUGCAGUGGGAUUAUCCAGUGCCUCUCUGCUGAAGACUGUAUUGACUGGUUACAAGCAAUAGCAACUAAUAUUUCAAACCUCACAAAGCACAAUAUUAAAAAAAUCAACAGAAACUUUCCUGUAAACCAGCAGACAGUCUACAUGGGCUGGUGUGAAGCACGGGAACAGGACCCACUUCAAGACCGACUAUAUUCACCAACGUUUCUAGCCCUGAGGGGUUCAUGUCUUUACAAGUUUCUGGCACCUCCAGUGACCACCUGGGACUGGACCCGGGCAGAGAAAACAUUUUCAGUUUAUGAGAUUAUGUGCAAGAUUCUCAAGGACAGUGACCUGCUGGACCGGCGGAAACACUGCUUCACCGUGCAGUCCGAGUCUGGGGAGGACCUCUACUUCUCCGUAGAGUUAGACUGCGACCUUGCACAGUGGGAAAGAGCCUUCCAAACAGCAACCUUUCUAGAAGUGGAACGGAUACAGUGUAAGACAUAUGCCUGUGUGCUGGAAAGUCAUCUAAUGGGACUCACCAUUGACUUCAGCACAGGAUUCAUCUGCUUCGAUGCUGCAACAAAGGCUGUACUUUGGAGGUAUAAAUUUUCUCAGCUUAAAGGAUCUUCAGAUGAUGGCAAGAGCAAAAUCAAAUUUUUGUUUCAAAAUUCAGAUACUAAACAGAUUGAAGCAAAGGAGUUGGAAUUUUCAAAUCUAUUUGCUGUUCUUCACUGCAUUCAUUCAUUCUUUGCUGCCAAAGUAGCUUGUUUGGACCCUCUAUUUUUAGGCAGUCAAGCUACUGUUGCUGCUGCUGCCAGCUCUGCUUCUACAAGCAAAACAAAGUAUACAACUUGACAUAUUGAGCUCCGCAUUGACACUUCCUAUGACUACAUAAACAAAAUCAACAUAUUCAUGGGACUAGACCCUGGAGAAACCAUGAUACUAUGAAAUCAACAGAGCAGUCAAACUGAAAUUUCAGCAGAAAAUGAAGGUCAUGUGUUAUCCUAAAAAACAUUUCUCUUCUGGAAGCCAUCUGUGAAUCAUCCUGAAAGAACGGGAGAGCUUUUCUCAACUGAUUUGUACCAGUAUACUAUACUGCUUUCACCAAAAGUGGAGACAAAAAAUGAAUGAAAUGAAGAAGGAUGUAAAUAAUAUAAAAAUUGUAAGCUAACUAUAAAUAAUACCAAUUAAAUGGUUAUUUCUGUAUUUUAGAAUAUUUUGUAUGACAAAUACAUAUUGGGCCAAAUCAUGAACUAUUGCCCUAUCAUUGUAUUGAGAUACAUAAAAGAGGCAAAACAAAACAACACAAAUAAAAAAACAAACAAACCCAUUCCAUUAGGCAGCAGGGAGCAUGCAAAAAUCUCAACAAAGAAAAAAGCACUUUAAUUUGCUGAUGUAAAUUUCUCCUAUUGCCAUUCCAUGACUUUACACUGACACUCCAAUCUUAUUUUUAUCUUAUUGUAAAAUAUGCCUAAGAACCGUUAAAAGAUAACUAUGUUGACUUAUGAUAGACACAAGGUGAAAUGGACUAGUAUUCCCUUGGAUUGUUGUUACUAAGAUGUUUUAUUAAUUGUCAAUGUAACCAAUAUGCCAAAAACACAUUAAUUUAAUUAUGAGUAAUAGAAAUAUUUGUGAGCCUUCUCUUUUCUUCAUUUUAAAAGGAUUUAUAUUUUACCUAAUGGGAUUUAUUAUCGAAUUAAAGUUUCAAAAAUCCUCAGUGACUCCAAAAGCUUUUAUAGAAACAUAAUGUCAAAACCAAGGUGUGAGAAACGGUUAUUUGUGAUUCUAACUCUAAAGUUAAUCAUCAACUGAAAUGUCUUGGAAAGCAGUCUCAAAGUUAUUAUUUAUCAUCAUUGACCAUUUUUCCAUUUUAGAAAUGUUUUAUGACAAAAUAAGGGGAGAUUUGAAAAUAAAAGUUAAAAAUGUGUUUUUAUGAUGUCAUCAAAAUAAUUAAGUACUGCUGAACUAUGAGAGUUAUCUUAGGUAUCUUGUCUAAGAAUACCAAUCUGAAGGGUCUGGAAAUUUGCAAGCUUUUGAAGGUAUGCACAGAAGACACAGCUUGCAGCAUUGUAUAAUUGUCUAACAGUGGAAAACAUUAUCUGUUUCUCACUACAGCUUUAUUUAAAUUUGCUUCUAAGCAACCAGCUUCAGAUUAAAAAUUAUCUUUUAUUGACAUUCAUGUUUUAAACUAAACCCCACAUUAAAUGCUUCCUUAUGAAGAUCACCAACUAUUUUGAUGUUUUUAAAGAGGGGCAUAUCAUCACUCCAGAUGGAAACAAAAUAAGAGUAUUCAGGAUAUGUGUCCAUUAAUUUUAAAAUAACUAAAAUCAAGCUGUUUCCAUAAUCAUUAGAAAUCAUUAAUUCAUUCUGCCUGGAUUAAUUUCUAAAUGCAUUAAACUGAAAAAAAAAUGAAGGUUCUAAAUUGGACCCAGAAAAGUGUUAACUUGGAUCUCACACACCUUAGCAAAAGAACUGUGGAUAACUGGGCAGUACAUAUUUUCAAUAUAAUGUAUUUUCUCCGGAAAACGAAAUACAAAUCUAAAGUUAGGAUUAUGUUUAGAAAUUAUUGUCCAUAGCUUGGCCAAACCCAACAAAUUUUAUAACAUUUACAGCCCACCACAAGCAGGUUUCGGUAGGCCACUUCUGAACCCAUAAAGACAGUGGAUGGGCAAAUAGACUGAGUUUUUGAAGAGUUGAAAGUGGCUCAUUACACAACCUGUCUCCAACCGGAGCUGUAUCUCAGUGUGCCACACGUGUAACUAACAUCUGUCAUAUGAAAAUCCAUCGUAUAGGAAACAAGAAAUGGGUUGGUUUACAAAAGUAAGAUGAUGAGUUUAAAAUUUUACAUAAAUCCAAUAAAAUCAUAAAAUAAUUCUGAUUUUUCAAAAAUUUUCAAAAAUCUCCAUUUUUAAAUACAAAAAUUCAGUUAAAUAUCCUUUUUGUAAUUCUGGCCUGUGCAUACACGUAUGAUAAAGAAAAAGGAACACAGUGAGAUAGGAAUGAUCUCCUUGUAAAACACAUGCACACACAUAUGCAUAUAUAUGUGUUUAUCUAAAUAUAACAAUGUGUGUGCCAUAAAGUACAUCACAAGAAUGCACUUCAUGUAUACACAUUUAAUGUUCUUCAAAUUAUAUUGUAAACAUGUAUUAAAACAUAUGACAAGUUCAUUAUUGUGAUUAUUUUUGAUACUGCUAAUAAAAUCUGACAGGCCUCAAUUGUUAUUUAACAUGGUUAUUGGGACAACCAUGAAUUAGGAAAAUAUGAUUCAGAUUUUCUUCAUAUUAACAAUUAGCAAUCUUUUUACAGUUUACUGAUUAACCAUUGUCGACACAAAUGCUCAUAAACUUCUUUUUCUCAUGUAUUUUUGGUUGAGAUGCAUGAGAUUUAGUUACCAAAUUAUAGUACAUUUUAACAGAAAAUGUUUAAAUCUGUGUUAACCCCUCCAGUGCCUUGGUGCAUGUGUGUGUGUGUGUGUGUGUGUGGUCUUUGAAGGGUUCAUUACAGCAUAUAGUACAAGCUUGAAGGGGAACACUAUAGGUAUAGCAUUUAAGUCAGAAAAUGGAGUUCAAAAUCAUCUGAAAACUGCUAACUACUGCAAUGUAUUUUGCCUGAUAAAAAUAACAAUAUACUUAAACUGAAGGAUAUUAAAGCAGAAUAUUCUUAAUUUGUUAUAUUGCAACAAGUAUUUAUUUCAAAAACAUUUUAAUGAAAAUGAAAUGCAAUGUGUACUCCAAACCUUGCCAUACAAGAUAUUUUUAAAGGAAGAAUAAUCAACUAAUCAUUUCAUGACCAUAUUUCAGGCAUGUGCCAAUUUAUAGUUUUAAAACAUUUGCUCAUAAAACUGUCACUUGGCAAGAAGAAAAGCAAUUAUUUGAAAAUAAAUGUGGAGUCCAUAUAAGCUUUGCAAGCAGAGACAUUUUCCUUUGGGUGCAUUUCUUUGUAGAUUGACAUCUCCCUCAUUUACAAUGACAAAGAUUAUUCAUAAACUUUGUCUACACUGAAUGCUGAUUUAAUCUUGAUUUGUGACUGAGGAAAAGUAAUAACCUUAAUGAUAAUUUAUAAUUACUGCUAGAAAUGAGCAGUGUGGAGAAGCUUUAAAAGCACAAGGAUGGUCUUGUGCUUAACAUUUUAAGGUAAGUGUAAAUGUUCCCUUCUUAAUAACAAAUACUUUGCUACUAUUAAUACUGCUGUACUCAUGAGCUCUCCUUAAGGAAUUGCUUUAGUCAUACCUCUAAAAUUGUUGUUUAUGAUUUAUUCUUAUUAAAACUUUAAAAUCAUAAUGUCACUUAUUUGCACAUUUAAAUUUAGUUUUGAAGAUAAAUAAAACAUUAUAAAUGUUAUAUAUUUUAUACAUAUUAAACUGCAAUGAAAAAUGCCAGAAAUAUGAAUUGUAAAUAUAUUUAUUUCAUUUUUAAUUGUUUUCGUGGAUCUUUGUAAAAUGUAAAUUACUAUCUAUGACAAAAACUUGUCACUUUGUUGUUUCAGUUCAUUAAUGUACUACUAAUAAAACUGUACCUUUUUUAAUGAAGCA